AUGCCGAAUCCAACGGCCUCGACAGCCUCGCGAAUGCGGAUCCGUCACACCGUCAUCCAAAGACCUGGCCGCGCCCAUGCGGCGCCGGAGCAGAGGAAGCCGAUGAGCAUGAAGGAGGUCCAGGAGCGAAUGGGUCAAAAGUCGCCCUACUCCUGGUCUGAGCCCAACUCCGUCGUGACCUGGAACACAAGUGGAACCGCCUCGACCAAGCGCUACCAGGUGAAAACGUCGCCGCCUCCAGGCCCCCCUCCCAUGCAGCCGCCAAUGCUGCGGCCGCCACCUACCACUGCGCUGAGCCCUGAAAGAAGGUCUUCGCUGCUGCGGCGUGAGGAGAAGCCUGCGAGUGGUCAAGGUUUCAUCGCCUGGCUGUGGCAGUUCACCUUCGGUCGCCGCGGUGAUGCCGAAGCAGAAGCUCCUCCUAGCCCUCCGCCGGCCCGAAGCGCCGGAGAGUUUCGUCCACGGCCUUCUAGCGCGGGAGCUCUCCGCGAAGCUCCGCCGCCCCAGAGGCACGAGAAGCAGAUGUGGCAAAUCGAGCAG